AUGGUUCUUCGCCGGGGAUGCAAACAUCAAGGGGACACUGCGAAGAGGCGCGCCAGGCAGGGUUUGAUGCUCUGCAGGCGCCCAGGCCUCAUGCGAAUGCUGCGAACCAGCUCAAAAGACACAAGCCUGGUAGUGUCGGAUCCGCUGUCGGCGGGACUCAGUCCCUCUGCUUUUCGCAAAUACGAGAUGGCUAUGAAGAACGCAUCCCGCAAGAACGUGAUUCCGGGCUGCGCCAGCGUUGUGCUCAAGAUGGGAGAAGUCGUGCAAGCCAGAGCGUUCGGCUUUGCAGACUUGGAGGCACGUCGGGCAUUCCGGCUGGACACCAUCUGUCGCGUCUUCUGUGUCACCAAGACUUUUGUGACGGUGGCGUUUAUGAUGCUGGUGGAGGACGGGCUGGUUCGACUGGAAGAUCCGGUGACCAAGUUCCUCCCAAGCUUCGCUGAUGUUCAGGUGGUCGCCUCGCGCUCCAGCGAGGAGUCUCCUCCGUCCAGGCUUUGCAAACCCAAGCGGACCAUGCGAAUGCACCACUUGUUGACUCACACCUCCGGGCUAUCGUAUGGCUCGGGCUUCGGCGAGGUUCCCAGCGAUGCCACAGAAGAAGGCUACGCCAAGCUUAUGGGCGAUGUAGACCGCGGACAAGUGCGGAGUCUGGCCGUCUUUGUGAAUCGCCUGGCGAAGGUUCCUUUACGCUUUCAUCCGGGCGACUCCUAUGCUUACGGCUUUUCCACCGACGUGCUGGGCCGUGUCGUGGAGAUCAUCAGUCGGAAGACCUUGGAGGAUUUCUUGCAAGAGAGGAUCUUCCGACCCCUCGGCAUGGACGACACUGGGUUUUCUGUGCCGGACGACAAGCUUCACCGCUUGGCGGCAUGCUACGGCAACGCGAGCACCUGGGGGAGGCUCUACGGAGACGUCGCCGGAAGGACGCCGCUUGUCUCCCGGUCCGGUCUGAUUCGACUGGACGGUGACCGUCCAGAGGACAGCGCCUGGCGCCAGGGCCAGGAAUGCAAAGUGCAGUCUGGUGGGGGCAUCAUGGGGCACCUGCAGGGUGGUUUGGUCAGCACCGUGGCCGACACCAUCCGCUUCGUGCGAAUGUUGGCCUCUUGGCUGUGCAUGAUGGCCUGCUGUUUCACCUACCCGGAUACAAUCGCAGCGCUAGAGUCCGCGCGCAAAGACAGUGGCCUGGCAAACGAGGAGAAGCAGUGCCUGCUAGGGGCGCUAGCGGGCUUCAGCGGCCACGAGUUCGGCUGGGGUGGGGCGGCGUGCACCUACUGGUCGGUCGAUCGAAAAGAGAACAAUGCCAUCGUCUGGUUUACACAGCACAUAGACAUGCCAGAGUGGGAGGACCAGUCGGUGGUAAGCAAGGAGGAGGCUGACAUCUGGACGGUGCUGAAGAAUGGCCGAAGUGUAAAGGGUCUUGGUGUUGAAGUGCGGAGGCUUGCGAAAGAGACCAUCACGAAAGAAGGGAUCUACGGUGACAUACGGGUCAAGGUGCCUCAAAAGCCCAAGCAAGUUGAGCAGCGGGUCCUCCAUGGCCUGCGCUUUGAGGAGACAGAAGUGUUUUCCACUGUGCUCCUCGGCUGGUGCGUGCAUCGGCCAUUCAUCGAUCACUUGAAUGUGCUUCCGAGGCUGCAGGUGCAGAUGCAGCCGCGGAUGACAGGGCACCAGGACAAGCGGCUGUGCAUGGAACAGGCCCAGCUGUCCACUGAGUCCUCGAAGAGGCUAGUCAAAGAGGCAGCCACUCUCCCCUGCGAGCAGCACGACAUUGUACAGGAUUGCGCAUGUGCUGCCUUCAACGCCCACCGCACAACCUUCCUGCCUUUGGACCUGUGCUCCAUGAGCCAGGAUUGCCCCUCUGGGGCUUCUGUUAAUGCACUAAUGUCCCUCCAGCAGGUGGUUCUGCCAAGCGAUGUCGUCGGGGAGUCGUGGUCGAAUGCAGAGGCGCGAGCCCGGUUCACAGAGUCCAACGAGCUCGGCGGUUUUCUGGAAGGCUAUCUCACAUGCCUCCAACUGGAGUCCUUCUUCAGCAAGGGCGUGUUGACGAUGCCAUGGCCACAGGAGUGGAGAACCGGCAUCGACAAUGUUGACGACGAGAGGUAUCUCCUGGGUCUGGUCGGUGCUGUCCAUGGCUUGGAGCGCUACGCCAUCGGGCGAGCCCGUGUCUUGGACUUGCCCUCCAUCCGCGUCGCCUGGAGAGCCAC